UUGGUAUUAAAAAAUCGUAAUGGAGGUGGCAUGCGUUCGUCUACGAUUUUUUUCACAUCAAAAUAAUAUAUAUCUUCCCUUUCGAAAUAUUUUCUUUAUCUAAUUGCAAUAAUUAAAAAGAUGCACCAAAGUAAUCGAAAGUAAUGCAGAUUAUUUCGAUGAAUUAAAAAAGCAUUGAAUUAAUUUCUAUGCUUAAUAUAUAAGUAACUACAUGCAUAUAUACACUGUAGAAAUCAUAUCAUUUGUCAUAGCUUUCACCGAACGCAUUUUUAUUCGUAUCAGUUGUAAGAAGACUUUCUCAAUCGUAUAUUAAUGUUUCCGACUUUAAUAACAAUGUUCGUUGAUUCUCAUUUUCCAUUUGUCUAUUUACGUAAAUCUUAUAUUAAAAUAAACUUUGUUUAUAAAUUAAUAAAACACAAAGUGUUUAACAUAAUCAAUAAUUUUUGUUUGUCUUCUACUAAUCGAUGAAAGUCGAAAUAAUGAUUUGAAGGAGAUUCCAAAGUUCAGUCAGUUUGAAUAGAAGACGAUGAGUUCCAAGGACCAUUCGUUUGACAUUAAAAAAAAAAAAAAACGAUGAACUUGAUUAUUAUUUUAUCCUGUGGUCGAAUCUCAAAUGAGUUUUGUGAUUCACAGGAAAAAGGUGGGGAACCCUCGGAUCUCCACUACACUGAAGACGUGGGGAUCGGCCAAUGCGAAGUCUCUGACCCACUGACAUUCUCUUCAGUUACUCGGUAGACUUACACAGGAACACGGAUAAUCGAAACAAGAGCUCAUAGGACGUCAUAGGACGAUCAUUUUGAACAUAAUAUUAAGGUGUCGUUCAUUGAUCGUGAUGCGUGUUCAUCGUGGUUUUCUUCCUGGCUUUUUUCUUGGUGUCACUCUCGUGUUCGUUUUUUUAAAUUCAAGGUCAAGUACGAUCACACUCAACUCUUCCGCUGAUGUCACUAUUGAGCCUCGUAAUUUCGAUAGAGAGGGUGCUCGUUUAGUCGAAAAUUAUGGAUCCAACGUUAGCCAGACAUAUCGAUACGUCACGCCUUCCCUGGCUGAAUUGGGAGGUCGUGGAAAUUUGCCCGAGAUGAAUAAGCACGUACUCAUGCUGACACGUGUACCUGGUGCCGGUGCAGAACUAUUGGUGUUGAUUCUGCAACGUUUACAAGGUUACAAUGCCUUUAAACAUAUUCGUUUGCCACCUGGUGAUUCUGGACUUUUGACAACGCUUCAGCAGGAACUUCUCGUGGAAGAGAUUACAAGUAUUAUAAAGCAAGAAGCUAUUCCAUUGAGUUUCGAUGGCGACGUAAGGUUUUUAAAUUUUACGGAAUUUGGUCGUCAAGCACCAACUUUCUUAGCAUUAGUAAGGGAUCCUUUGGAUCCACGUACUUUAUAUAGAUAUCGGAAAGGCGGUGCUGCUGUUCUUUAUCGAGGAACUAUCUCUCAUUUUUGCGGACAGGAUCCUCGUUGCUCUAAGAGAAAUAACAAAUGGGCGUUACAAAGAGCUAAAGCAAACGUUGUUAGAUGGUAUCCAGUGGUUGGUCUUCUCGAUUACAUGGAAGAAACUUUACACGUUCUCCAAAAGGAAUUUCCUUACUUUUUUAUCGGUUCUCUUCGAAUAUAUAAUAAGUUGCGACCGAAAGAAAAUAAUUCAUCAAAACGUUCGAUAAAUCUCAAAGCUCGAACGAAAAAGAUAUUGGAAGAAGUAAUGGCGGAUGAAGUAGAAUUUUACAAAUGGUUGAAAUUUCGAUUACUUAAUAAAACCUCCAUGACGAGUUUUGAUUGUUAUUAAAUAAAACGUUUUAAGGAGAAACUUUUAAUUUGAACUCACGAGU